AUGGUGGCUAAAAACGCUACCAAUAGUGCUGCUCCCAAGACUAAGGUCGACCCCCUCCACUUCAAGUACCCCCGUGAUGUGCACAACAAAUUCAAGUUUGGUGCCCACGUCGGUAUGGCUGGAGGGAUCUCCAACAGCGUCACCAAUGCCAUGGAUAUUGGUGCCAACAGCUUUGCCCUCUUCUUGAAAUCGCCUCGCAAGUGGGCCUCGCCUGAUAUCAAGGACGACGAGGUGGCCAAGUUCAAGCAGCUCUGUGUCCAGUACGGAUACGACCCCUUGAAAGACAUUCUUCCCCACGGAUCAUACUUGAUCAACAUGGGGAACCCCGACGCCGAGAAGGAGGAGAAGGCCUACGGAUCGUUUGUGGACGACUUGAAGCGGUGUGAACGUUUGGGCAUUGGCCUCUACAACUUCCAUCCCGGGUCCAGCUUGGGGUCGGACCAUCGCCAGUCGUUGGUCCGUUUGGCUAAGAACAUCAACAAUGCCAUCAAGGAAACCAAAUUCGUCAAGAUCGUGCUUGAGAACAUGGCUGGAAAGGGCAACUUGAUCGGCAACGACCUCCAGGACAUCCGCGAUGUGAUAGACUUGGUGGAAGACAAGUCCAGAGUAGGUGUCUGUGUGGACACAUGCCACACGUUUGCUGCGGGCUACGACAUCAGUAACGUCGAGACCUUCGAAGCGUUCUGGGCCAAGUUCGACCAGAUCAUCGGCUGGCAGUACUUGAGUGCCAUCCACCUCAACGACUCCAAGGCUCCGUUGGCAGCCAACCUCGACUUGCAUCAGAAGUUGGGCCAUGGCUUCUUGGGGUUGGAGGUGUUCCGGAUCAUUGCAAACUACGACAAGUUCCAAGGCGUGCCCAUCAUCUUGGAGACGCCCGUGGGAGAUGACGACGGGGUGUAUGGCGAGGAAAUCAAGUUGUUGGAGUGGCUCCAGGGCAAGAAACAGCUGGAUCCCGAAUUUAUCGAGAAACUGAAGGAAUUGGCCAAAUUGGGAGAGAAGGAGAGGGACGAGCACUUGAAAAAGUUCGAAGUCAAGAAGGAGAAGACCGUCAAGCGCAAGGGAAAAGACGUUACCACUAUGGUGAGCAAGAAGGUCAAGGUGGAAGCCAAGAAUGGGGAGGAAGAGGCAGAAUCGAAAUCCAAGGUGAAGCUGGUCAAGAAGGAGGAAUAG